AUGGUGCUUCUCAGUCUGGCGCUGGCUUUGGGCUGGGCACGCGUUGGCCUUGCUGCUCUUGGUCCUGGCAGCUGUGCCUUCACUGCCAUCAACGGACAAGGGCCGGACAGCUUCAGGCUUGUGCUCUUGGAGCCAAUGGAGCCCGGUGAGACCAUCAAAGUCACGUUUCGGAUGGUCGAUGACAGCGGAAAUUGGGUCGGGUCAAGCAGCAGCAACGAUUUGUCAUACACCGCUAGCUCGUGCCAGUUGCCGGGCGUAACCCUUGCCGGAGUACAGGGGACGACUUCUGGCAAUGCUUUUGCAUGGGCGAAUGGAGGUGAACAACUCUCAAAUGGAGGCGACACAUUGAUUGCUGUGAGUGCAGACGACACCCCACUUUGCGCCGCGAGCACCGAAGCAGAUACUUGGGGCUUUGUCAACGGGGCGCAGACUGCCUUGCCUGCUGGCCUCACAGCGAACUCUGCCGAUGCCAUCACAAAGGGACCUGUGGUCAGCAUGUGCUAUCAAGGCGUGACAAGUGGCACUCUGGCAGACGUGAAGGCGGCAAUUGUUAAUCUGGGCAGCAAUUGGCUAGUCAAUUUGGCAGGGAACUACGUUUCUUGCACUUCGCCUGCCACCAGCUUCACGCUGAGCGAUGCAGCAACGCAGAUGUGGUCGGUGCGGGGAUGA